CUGUAUGCAUCUACACCUUAGCGUUUCAAGAUGGUCGUGAUUAGUGUGGCCAAGUUUGCCGAAAUACAAACCUUUAUUCGUAACUACAGUGGGCUGUUCGUUAAUUGUAAUUUGGAGCUGGAGUCGAAAUUUCCCGAGUACACAUCGGACACGCUCGGUAGCAUCGUUGCGAAAGAGGUUAUACAGCGCGUCAAAUCCAACCAUUCCAAACUGACCGCCAGAGCAGCUUCAAUGGUAAAAGAAUUUCAAACGAUCGCCAAGAAACCAUCCGCCGCCCAUGAUGUACUGCAGCAAAUGGCCAUCGAAUGGCGCGUUCCGUCGACGGUUUUGUGUCGGAUCUUUCUGGCGAAAUUUUAUCCGGAUGUAUCGAAAUCGGAGAUAAACGAAAUGCUGCGUAUGCCCGAUCUGAUACCCGAUUCGUUGCUGGCAGUGAACGUCAGCUACUGUCUGUACAGUGAGAUUAUGGAUGGGCCGAUCACCGAUCUGGUGCGCAGGUUCAUCGGCGAAGAGUACGAGGUGCGGUUAAAGAAAAUGGCCCGUGAAGCGGGUAUGGUUUUCUACGACGAGGGUGACCUACGUCGCACUGGUUACGAUAAGACACCAGACCUGAAAAUGGCAGUACCGUUCAUGUACCGUGGCCAGGUGAUCAAUUGGAUUGAGAGUAAGGCAUCGUUCGGGGAUGUGGAUUCGCACAAACGGUACGUGAAGGAUCAACUGUCAAGCUAUGGGAAUCGGUUCGGACCCGGCAUCGUUAUAUAUUGGUUCGGCUAUGUAGAGAGCAUUGAGGAUUGUCCGGAAAAUGGAAAAUGUGUGAUAGUAACCGAUGCGUUUCCCGAUAAAGAUGAAAUGGAAUUUCUCUCAUUUAAUCUACCCGUACUCGAGGAGGAGGAUCCACAAAAAUAUGGCGCCAGUAGUCGAUGAUACUAGAAAUUAAAUAUACUUGUACAU